AGCUUUGCAACGACUGUUCACGCGUAGGGGAAACGCUAGCAUGCUGGUCGUGCAAAUUGUGAGGCUCAAGGAUAGACUGGGAGAAGGGGCAACGCUAGGGCCGCUAGGGAGCACAAGGCUCACGGUGCAAUCUUGAAAGAUUGGGUACCCUGAUAGCCUUGUGCUGGGGAGAGCGUCAAUCCGAUGGCGGACGACGAAGAAGGUGCGAGCCUCUCAGGGUGGCAGACACCCGUUUCCCAAAAGAGGGCCUUGCAGCAGACAGCCUCCAAUGGUCCAGCCAUGUCACCCGCUAAGCAUCACAAGCAAAGACGAUUGGAGGAAUCUCCAUUGAAGCUUUCGAUCAAUGACUGCUCCAGAGCUUGCCGAGCUGUUUGGUCAGAUUCUCGUUGCUUCAGCUGGUGGCUUGAGAUUUUCGGGCUGCUGGGUGCUAGGGACAUCGUAACAAAAGCAGCUCCUGUGUGCAAGCAAUGGAGGGAAGUGGCAGAGGGGAAGGAGCUUUGGUCCUUUGUUGCUAGCCGUUUCCGGCUUGUGGAUCAGCAUGUGGUCAUCGAGAAACUUGCUGCAAGACGCUCCAAGGGCCGUAUGUUCCAAUGUCGUCACCUUGGCUCAGGAGAUUUGGUCCUUUUGCGAAUGGUAGAUUUGCAGGCGACCAAUGCAGGAAAUGAUGAUGGAAUACCGACAUCCUUCAUCAGAGAGGCAGCUUUGCUUUCAGAACUUCGGCACCCAAAUGUAAUCAGGCACUUCGGAGCUGAGAUCCUGGACAGGUGCGCAGUCACAUGCACUGAAUUUGUGCAUGAGAGUUGGGCUGCUUGGUUUGAGAAGCUAAAAGCCAAAGCGCCUCCCCAGCGUAUGGAAGACAUCCGAGAGAAUUUCAUGCAGAUGCUCACUGGGCUCCGCUUUUUGCAUCACAAAGGGCUCAUGCACCGCAACUUGAAGCCAGAGAAUAUGUUCAUUGACCAGUCUGGAACGGUGAAGAUUAGUGACUUCACCACGACACGAAUGCUUGAUAUUCCCUUUCAGGCCUACACUCCAGAAAAUCCCAAGGAGAGAGAGCGAUCAAGUCGCGAAGUGCGGCGCUUGUGGUACCGGUGUCCCGAGCUGAUUUUGAGAGAGGAGAUCUAUGGCCCAAAAGUAGACACAUGGUCCGUCGGGUGCUUGUUUGUCGAAGCGUCGACGGGGCGCACGCUUUUUCAAUCAGAGUCAGAGAUGGAUCAUUUGUUCAGAAUUUUUCGCCUUUUGGGCACACCAACUCUAGCAGAUUGGCCAGAGGUUGCCAGAGCGAGGUGCUUCUCCCCAAAGUUCCCCUUGUAUGAGGGCUUCAGCUUUCCACAAGUUACACGAGCCGAAUGUUUGGACAGCUCCAAUGACCUGGAGCGCCUCUUGCAGCAGGCGCAACCAGACAGAGAGGAUGUGCUACAGCACCUAAUCGAAAUGGCCAGCGUGGUAGGUGUGGAUGGCAUGGUUUUGCUUGACCUCUCCGUGACCAUUCCACCUUCGAGAAGAGGAACCUGUGAAGAUAUGUUGCAGUCGCCCUUUUUUAGCCCAAGAAGGCUGCAACCUCAAAAGGCCAUUUGGCUGACUGGGCGUCAUUUGCAGGGUCCACCACAGUGGGCAGGGUCAGUACUCCCAGAAUGCCCUGACUUCCCACCUGUGGCUAUGCCUUCCAGCUUGGCCAACUCACAGAUGGUUUGGGACAUGUUGAAUGCCAUGCUUGAACAGGAGAAACGCUCUGAUGCUUUGGAGGAUUGGCCUUUGCCGCCUUUGCCCCCUCAGUUUGAUGCGCAUGCCCGUGCACGUCAGGUUGAUUUUAUCAUUUCUUUGGCAAGCAGCCUGGCCUUGAGGUCUGGCACAGCCCAUUUGGCUUGCUCAAUUUUCGACAAGUACCUGACUCUACAGCAGAUGCCCAUUGCGCCAGGUCACAUCAAGGUAGUUGCAACCACUUGUCUAAAGAUUUCGGACAGCUUUGCAGAGCAAAGCAACGAAUACUACAAGCAAGAAAAUGCUGCGACCUAUGCAACGACAGCAGGGUCAAUCACUCCUUUGCAGAUACUUCGAUGUGAGAAAGAAAUGCUUCCCAAGCUGCGCUUCAAGCUUCACCAGCCUACUAUCCUGUGGUUCCUGCAGUGCUUCAUGGUCUAUGCCAAGCUGUCCAUAGGUGAUGACGUAGGGAAAGCCGCGUCCUUCAUUGCAGAUUUGAUGUUGCUUGACUUUGAGAUGCACGUUUACCCACCAUCAUUGAAAGCACAUUGUGCUAUCUUGAUGGCAGCGUUUUGGGUGCAAGACGGCAAGUCGUAUCACUCAGAGCAGUCCGUUUCAGUUUCAGCAUUCUCGGGAAAGCUAUCCUUGCUGGAGCACUGGGACAAUCAGAUCCGCAACAAAAUUUGUAGGGCCAGUUGGGAGACUGCGGAAGGAUGUUUGCACACUGCGGUGCGCAUGCUCUUAGACAAACGGCCAGAAUGGGCGGGGCGUUUGCGGUUGAAAGCUGUUGAGACCAAACAUGCGCAGAUCCUGAAUAGGAUCCCGAUCCCCGGGGCCUUUUCGUCCCGAUCAAGUUUCCUCAAGCUGGUUCGGUACAUCGUGCCAGACAGCUCGAGACAUUUGGUCCCAGAAGGCCAGACACAGAGCCAGCACAACUAAUUCGGGGUUAGAACAAAUAGGUUGCGACAACGACCUGCCACGUUCUCAUAUUGGGGGAA